GCCCCCGGCUCCUCCUCAUUAAGUUUCACUUUCAUUUCUACUUUCUCUAUUUCCGUUUUUCCCGUCACCCGGAUUCUCCACCCGCUCUCUACUGCCCGCUCACCCGCCACUCACCCUCCUCUCACCCUGAGCCCGGAACCGGGUGCUGCCAGUGUGCAGGAUCAUGGAGGUGGAGGUUCGCGGUCUCUCGGACAGUGUGGACACGGAGUUCCUAGUCCUAUACUUGGAGAGUAAGCGGCACUCUGGAGGCGGUACGGUGCAUUCCUGCACACGGAAUGGAUCUGUGGCUCUCGUCACCUUUGUAAAUGCCUGUGAUGCAGAGAAUGUGUUGGCGAAGGAGGAACAUAUUGUGAAGAAUGUAGAAGUACACGUGUACCGUCUACCUCCUUGGGAUCCCGGCAAGGUAGCUUUGUGUUGCCUAGACCCUGACACAGAAGACUCUUUGCUGGAAUUGUAUGUGGAGAAUGUAAGUGACAGAGAGGAAUUCACCACCAGACGAUCUCAGGACCGAUGCACAGUGCUGAUUGCCUUCCCGGAUCCGCUGAGCGAUGAAGAAUUUGAGCAUUUGGCACAGUGUGUUAAAGCGCGAAAAUUACAUCAGGCGUCUGUAUCUCUGCAGCGUGUCAGAGCUUGUGCCGAGGUGCUGGUGGAGAAUGUGGGCAGCCACGUCUCCGCUGAGCUCCUGGAGAUGUAUUUUGAGAGCAGACGGAGUGGAGGCGGUAGAGUGAAGUCUCUCACCCUGCUGAGGAAUAAUUCUGCUGCCGUCGUGUCUUUCUGUGACUACAAAGUGGCUGCACAAGUUGUCAGUAGGUCUCAUUGCCUGGAGAAAUGUGAGUUAGUUGUGUCUCCAUUCUACCCUGAUCUCCUGGGAUUUGCAAACAGAGAAGAGGGUGGACCACCAGAAGAAGAGGGGAGAGAGGCUGAUGGCAUCGAGAACACUGAGGAGGAGCGGGAGGCUGAUGGCAUCGAGAACACUGAGGAAAAUCGUAAAGACUUGCAGAGGAGCCCAGUGUACAAGAAUGAGGAGCAGGAGGAGAACAUGAGGGUCCAGCCUGGAAUAGAGUUUGAAUUACAAGAAGGAAAACAGAGGGACUUCCAGGAGGGGGUUCAGGCUGAGAUGAGUGAGCACCUUGAGGGAUAUGAGAGUGGACAUCAGACCGGGUCAGAGAUAGCUGGACUGUCCUCAGGGGACACACAGGGCUACAGUGAGGUGGAGUCUUCAAUAGUAUCUAUGCCUGAAGUAGAUGUUCUCAUGGAAGCAGCAGAGCUUCGUUUCAUUCAGGAAUAUCAUCACGACCUACUGGCAGGAAUGGACCAGGUGACCAUUGUGCCGCUGGAUGUGGAGGAGAAGUUCGGCUUUAAUGUCAGGGGAGAUGCAGUUUCCUGUAAAACAGCGGUGGAACUUCUCCAGCACAUAGUGUCCUCUCUGUCCUCCCGCACUGUCACAUUAGAGUACCCUGGGGUGUCUCUCUUCCUGUUGGAUGAAGAAGGACAGCGGGCACUCUCUGAAACUGAACGACUACAUCACUGUGUCAUAGACAUGUCUCAGCUCAGCUGGAAGUUGCUGAAUUGUAAGUAUACGGAUCCCUGGAGUUUUGUUUAUGAUGUUCUAGGAGCAGACAUGUCUCCUGUGCAGACCACAGUGAGUGAGAAGGUGUCUGAGCCGGAGGACCUGCUGCUUGCUGCAGACAUGGAGGGCAUAAAGAAGAUAGCGUCCCUUCUGAGAGAUGUGGAGGGUGAGGGAGACAGACACAAGAGAAUCUUAUCUGAGGAAUCUCCAGAAACGACUACCGACUAUAACAUACGUCCAGAGGAUGCCGAGGAAGAUCUAUAUGCUGACACAUCUCCAGAGGUCAUUGAGGAAGCCGUGUCUGAGCUUAUGGAUGAGGAGCUAGACCAAGCCUGUAAGAUAUCCCGUGAUGAGUAUCAAGAAAGAGAACUGGAUGAAGAAGCUCAACUACUUCUAGCCAUUCAAAGGUCAAUGGACAAGCAAGAAAUAUCCAUGGAUGAAGAAGAUGAAGAGUUGCAGAGAGUGUUGCAACUGUCACUUAAACAGCAGGUCUUAGAGGAAACCGAAGAAUCCUUGCAAAGAGCAUUAGAAAUGUCUUUCUGUGACAAAGGGGCGUAUGGUCAGAGGAAGACCUUUCCUGGUAUAGAGGAAGUUCAGCCCUUUUCCUGCAAUGAGAUGGAGGGGGCCUCAGACGCCGCCCACAUUAAAGUGCUGGCAGGGGAUGAGACCAGUCUAGUGGUAGCAUGCACCGCUCUGCGGAAAACCGUAACUGCAAAACUGUGUACUGUGACUCUGGACGGAAUCCGCACUUUUCCACACAAGGCAGAGAUCCUGUCCGCCCUGGAAAGGAAGCACAGUGUAAGAAUCACAGUGUCUGAAGGACAGGCACAUAUACAAGGAUUUUUACAGUGCCCCACCAGAUGUCGGCAAGAGCUCUCCCAAAUCCUGAGCGCCCUCCAGGAAGGGCUCGAACCUCAGGUUGAGCUGAUGAGCCUGGAAGUACAGCAAAAAGUAGCAAUGAUCCCUGUGUCCGAGUCCUCGGAGGAGUAUGACCGGGUUGUCCAGCCGUUCCUCAGCACUCUCCAGAAGCAGAAACCUGUCACAAAGGUCCUCCAGGUCCAAAGGGUGCACAACACCCUGCUUUAUAACCAGUACCAGCUUAAGAAGCAGAGCAUGCUGGUACAUGACCCCAACACGCCCAUUGAGCAUAUCCUCUACCACGGAACCACUGCCACUGGGGCCAGAGAGAUUUGUCACCACGGAUUCAAUCGCAGCUUCUGUGGAAAGAAUGCGACCUUAUAUGGGCAGGGUGUGUAUUUUGCUGUCGAGGCUGCAAUUUCCACGCUGGACAUUUACUCUCCACCCUCCGGUGAGGGAAAGAAGUUUGUGUUGGUUGCUCAGGUCCUUACUGGAGAGUUUGUCCAGGGGAAACCAGACAUGCGAACACCUCCCAUUGUGCCAAAUAGCGAUGCAGAUGUUCCACGGCGAUACGACAGCUUGGUGAAUAGGCUUCAGAAACCCUCCAUCUUCGUCAUAUUUAAUGACACGCAAGCUUAUCCCCAGUAUCUGAUCACUUGCUGUAAGAGUGACUCCUCCGUGUGAGGAGAGCAAAGGUGUGUUACAGUGCGGACGAUGCUAACCACAGCGCUAGCGGUCAUACUGAUAUACCGGAAGGAAGCUGCAAAUGUCUCUUUAUGCACCAUGUUCUAUUAAAGCUUUAUUUUCUGUCUUA